CUGGGGGAGGAGGGGCGCCAAGGUGCAGCCUGCGCGCGGCUCAGCGCCUCGGCGGGGCUGCGUGCGUGUGUCCCUGUCCGCGCUGCUGAAACGGGCUCUUCGAGGGAUCGGCGUCACAUGACUCCGCCUGCCCCUCGCCAGCGCGCAAGUCGCCAGUCCCUCAGUGUGCCCGGCGCCGGGGGAGGGUCGGGAGGCAUCUCCCGGGCACCGGGGCUCUGCGGAGCGCAGGAGAGGUUCCCGCGGGGACCGGCACAUCUGGACUCAAGAAGCCGAGGCUCAGCGCCAGAUCCUGGAGUGUAGAUAUCUGGGGGGGGGAGAGAGCGAGAGGGAGCGAGCGAGCGCCAGAGAGAGGCAGCGCGCAGCGCGCACGGACGGGGAGCUGCCGGGUGCCGCGCGGAGAAGAUGUAAGCGCGUGGGGUCUCGCUGGCCUCCGAGCACCAUGCAGAAGGGGAUCCGGCUGAACGAUGGCCACGUUGCUUCCCUGGGACUGCUGGCGCGCAAGGACGGCACGCGCAAAGGCUACCUGAGCAAGCGGAGUUCGGACAACACAAAAUGGCAAACCAAGUGGUUCGCGCUGCUGCAGAACCUGCUCUUCUACUUCGAGAGCGACUCGAGCUCGCGGCCCUCGGGGCUGUACCUGCUGGAGGGCUGCGUCUGCGACCGCGCACCCUCCCCCAAGCCCGCGCUGUCGGCCAAGGAGCCGCUGGAGAAACAGCAUUACUUCACCGUGAACUUCAGCCAUGAGAACCAGAAAGCCUUGGAGCUGAGGACAGAGGACGCAAAAGAUUGUGAUGAGUGGGUAGCAGCCAUCGCGCAUGCCAGCUACAGAACCCUGGCCACGGAGCAUGAGGCACUAAUGCAGAAGUACCUGCACCUUCUGCAGAUCGUGGAGACAGAGAAGACUGUGGCCAAGCAGCUCCGGCAGCAGAUUGAGGAUGGAGAGAUUGAGAUUGAGCGGCUGAAGGCAGAGAUAGCGUCCCUGCUCAAGGACAAUGAGCGCAUCCAGUCCACCCAGACUGUCACCCCCAACGACGAGGACAGCGACAUCAAGAAAAUUAAGAAGGUGCAGAGCUUCCUGCGGGGCUGGCUGUGCCGGCGGAAGUGGAAGACCAUCAUCCAGGACUACAUCCGCUCGCCCCACGCCGACAGCAUGCGCAAGAGGAACCAGGUGGUGUUCAGCAUGCUGGAGGCCGAGGCUGAGUACGUGCAGCAGCUGCACAUCCUGGUCAAUAACUUCCUGCGCCCGCUGCGCAUGGCCGCCAGCUCCAAGAAGCCUCCCAUCACGCACGACGACGUCAGCAGCAUCUUCCUGAACAGCGAAACCAUCAUGUUUUUACAUCAGAUCUUCUACCAAGGCCUGAAGGCCCGCAUCUCCAGCUGGCCCACGUUGGUCCUGGCCGACCUGUUCGACAUCCUGCUGCCCAUGCUCAACAUCUACCAGGAGUUCGUCCGCAACCACCAGUACAGCCUGCAGAUCCUGGCCCACUGCAAGCAGAACCGUGACUUUGACAAGCUACUCAAGCACUAUGAGGCCAAGCCCGACUGUGAGGAGCGGACGCUGGAGACCUUCCUCACCUACCCCAUGUUCCAGAUCCCCAGGUACAUCCUGACCCUGCAUGAGCUUCUGGCCCACACGCCCCAUGAGCACGUCGAACGCAACAGCCUGGACUAUGCCAAGUCCAAGCUGGAGGAGCUGUCCAGGAUAAUGCAUGACGAAGUGAGUGAGACGGAAAACAUCCGCAAGAACCUGGCCAUUGAGCGCAUGAUCAUCGAGGGCUGUGAGAUCCUGUUGGACACCAGCCAGACCUUCGUGAGACAAGGUUCCCUCAUCCAGGUGCCCAUGUCUGAGAAGGGCAAGAUCACCAGGGGGCGCCUGGGCUCUCUGUCCCUAAAGAAAGAAGGUGAGCGGCAGUGCUUCCUGUUUUCUAAGCAUCUGAUCAUCUGUACUCGAGGCUCUGGAGGGAAGCUUCACCUAACCAAGACAAAUGGGGUCAUAUCCCUCAUUGACUGCACCUUGUUAGAGGAACCAGAAAGCACAGAGGAGGAAGCCAAAGGAUCCGGCCAAGACAUCGACCACUUGGAUUUUAAGAUUGGAGUGGAGCCGAAGGAUUCCCCGCCCUUCACUGUCAUCCUGGUGGCGUCGUCCAGACAGGAGAAGGCAGCGUGGACAAGUGACAUCAGCCAGUGUGUGGACAACAUUCGGUGCAAUGGACUCAUGAUGAACGCCUUUGAAGAAAACUCCAAGGUCACUGUGCCGCAGAUGAUCAAGUCCGACGCCUCCUUAUACUGUGACGACGUUGACAUUCGCUUCAGCAAGACCAUGAACUCCUGCAAAGUGCUGCAGAUCCGCUAUGCCAGCGUGGAGCGGCUGCUGGAGCGGCUGACAGACCUGCGCUUCCUGAGCAUUGACUUCCUCAACACCUUCCUGCACUCCUACCGCGUCUUCACCACUGCCGUCGUGGUCCUGGACAAGCUCAUCACCAUCUACAAGAAGCCCAUCAGCGCCAUCCCUGCCAGGUCGCUGGAGCUCCUGUUCGCCAGCGGCCAGAACAACAAGCUUCUAUACGGUGAUCCCCCCAAGUCCCCACGCGCCACCCGCAAGUUCUCCUCGCCGCCACCCCUGUCCAUCACCAAGACGUCGUCACCCAGCCGUCGGCGGAAGCUGUCUCUCAACAUCCCCAUCAUCACAGGGGGCAAGGCCCUGGACCUGGCCGCACUCAGCUGCAACUCCAAUGGCUACACCAGCAUGUACUCAGCCAUGUCGCCCUUCAGCAAGGCCACGCUGGACACCAGCAAGCUCUACGUGUCCAGCAGCUUUGCCAGCAAGAUUCCAGAUGAGGGCGAUACAACCCCUGAGAAGCCUGAAGACUCCCUGGCGCUCUGCAAGCAGAACUCCGAAGUCUCUGUCAGAGAAGAGUCAGAUGUUGAUCAAAACCAGAGUGAUGACGGGGAUGCUGAAACAUCACCAACGAAAUCUCCAACAACACCAAAAUCAGUCAAAAGCAAAAACUCUUCAGAGUUCCCGCUCUUUUCCUACAACAAUGGCGUCGUCAUGACCUCCUGUCGAGAGCUGGACAAUAACCGCAGUGCCUUGUCGGCCGCCUCCGCCUUUGCCAUAGCAACCGCAGGAGCCAACGAGGGUACCCCAAACAAGGAGAAGUACCGGAGGAUGUCCUUGGCCAGCGCUGGGUUUCCCCCUGACCAGAGGAAUGGAGACAAGGAGUUUGUGAUCCGCAGAGCAGCCACCAACCGCGUCCUAAACGUGCUCCGCCAUUGGGUCUCCAAGCACUCUCAGGACUUUGAGACCAAUGACGAGCUCAAGUGCAAGGUGAUCAGCUUCCUGGAGGAGGUCAUGCAUGACCCGGAGCUCCUGACCCAGGAGCGGAAGGCUGCAGCCAACAUCAUCAGGACUCUGACCCAGGACGACCCAGGUGACAACCAGAUCACAUUGGAGGAGAUCACGCAGAUGGCUGAAGGCGUGAAGGCUGAGCCCUUUGAGAAUCACUCCGCCCUGGAGAUUGCUGAACAGCUCACCCUGCUCGACCACCUUGUCUUCAGGAAGAUUCCUUAUGAGGAGUUCUUUGGACAAGGCUGGAUGAAGCUGGAAAAGAAUGAAAGGACCCCUUACAUCAUGAAGACUACCAAGCAUUUCAAUGAUAUCAGUAACUUGAUUGCUUCAGAAAUCAUCCGCAAUGAGGACAUCAACGCAAGGGUGAGCGCCAUCGAGAAGUGGGUGGCUGUGGCCGACAUAUGCCGCUGCCUACACAACUACAACGCUGUACUGGAGAUCACCUCGUCCAUGAACCGGAGCGCAAUCUUCCGGCUUAAAAAGACGUGGCUCAAAGUCUCUAAGCAGACGAAAGCUUUGAUUGAUAAGCUCCAAAAACUUGUAUCCUCCGAGGGCAGAUUUAAGAAUCUCAGAGAAGCUCUGAAAAAUUGUGACCCUCCUUGUGUCCCUUACCUGGGGAUGUACCUCACCGACCUGGCCUUCAUCGAGGAGGGGACGCCCAAUUACACAGAGGACGGCCUGGUCAACUUCUCCAAGAUGAGGAUGAUAUCCCAUAUUAUCCGAGAGAUUCGUCAGUUUCAACAAACUGCCUACAAAAUCGAGCACCAAUCAAAGGUAACCCAGUAUCUCCUGGACCAAUCUUUCGUAAUGGAUGAAGAAAGCCUCUACGAGUCUUCUCUCCGAAUAGAACCAAAACUCCCCACUUGAAGCCGUGCCCAGCCCGGCCCCCCCGCUCCCGUGGACACGUGCUAUGUGAUAUUGUACAUAUGCGUUUGGUUUCACUGGAUCCUCCUCUUCAGUAUGUGCUUCUCCAAGAAUACCAAUCCGUUCUUGUUCUUA